AUGUCGCGUCUAGAUCGGCUGGUAUCUUUGUUAGAUACUGGUUCAAGCACGUUUGUUCGAAACGCAGCUGCCGAUCAGCUCGCGGAUGUGCAAAAGAGCCACCCGGAGGAGCUGUUCCCGCUGCUUGGGCGUGUGGUGACAUUCCUCAAGUCGCCAAAGUGGGACACCCGGAUUGCUGCUGCUCGAGCAAUCGGGCUCAUUGUGCAGAACACGGAAUGGCAACCGGGCGAGGAGCUAGGAGCCAUGACCGCGGUCAAAAUCAAGGAGGAAGAGGGCGUGGAAAUUAAAGAAGAAGAAGACAUCAAACUGGAAGUUUCGGAGAAUGGCGACCGUAUUGUCGACACCUCAGAGCUGCUUUCUUUCAAAAAGCUCGACAUACAGGCCGUCCUCGCAAAGGGCACAGUCCUGCUCGGAUCUGGAGGCAAGGAGUAUGAGGGCGGCGCCGACUCGGCAUCACAAAAGCAAGACAUCUUGCGCAAGCUGGGCAUGCAGUUCGAGGACGAUAAAACCCUUCUCGACGAUCUCGAUGAGGAGCUCGCCGCACCACCCCAAAAGUUCCGGAAAACCGCAAAGUCCCGGAAAGCCACGCCUCCAGAGCCAGUAAAGGCUGCUGAAGAGCCAGCAAAGUCGUCAAGUGGCAAUGCACGCAUGCGUGCGCUGGCCAAACGAAAAGCAAAGUUUGGGAUCAAGCCGGCCCAGGCUGCGGUCGUAGAUGUCGCUCCCCAGGAAUCGCCUAUUGAGAGCGACAAAACUGAAGGAAAAGUCGUGGUCGAGCAUAAAGAGCAGGUCCAGCCCUCCUCGCUAGUAGCCGUCAAAGAUUCCUCAGUCUGGCCCUUUUCAAGGCUCUGUGAACUGUUUAUGGUCGACAUGUUUAAUCCUAGCUGGGAAACUCGGCACGGUGCUUUGCUUGGUAUUCGUGAGAUUAUAAAGACCGCAGGCGGGCAAGCGGGGAUGCUAUUCAAUGCCACAAGUGAGGACAAUCACUCUCGCAAUGCCGCCUGGCUCGAGGAUUUGGCUUGCAGACUAGUUUGCAUUAUUAUUCUCGACAGAUUCGCCGAUUAUGUCGCAGAUCAGGUCGUCGCCCCGGUGCGUGAGUCCUGUGCACAGGCCCUGGGUGCUCUCUUGCUUCAUCUCCCCCAAGACGCUGCCGAAAAAACCUUUUUCGUAUUGUCUCGCCUAGUUCUUCAAAAGGAUCUCGGUCUCGAAAUCCCUCUUUGGGGUGUGUGCCAUGGCGGCAUGCUCGGGCUCCGAUAUCUCGUAAGUGUUCGAACUGAUUUACUCACGGAAAGUCCCAAAAUGUUCGCUGAGCUCGUGGAGUGUGUCUUUCAUGGCUUAGCAAGCGCUGAUGAUGACGUUCAAGGCAUUUCUGCUGCUACAUUAACUCCAAUUGCCGGCGAGUUUGUUAGCCAGCGACCGCAAGAUAUUUCUCGGUUUCUGGACGUAAUCUGGGAUUCCUUAGCUCUACUCAAAGACGAACUGAGCACUGCGAUUGGGCAUGUGAUGGAUUUGCUGGCAAAGCUGUGCUCCUAUCCCCAGGUUUUGGACGUUAUUACUGAAACUGCCGCUGAAGAUACAACUGGUGAGCGCACUUUCGCUCGUUUAGUGCCUCGACUGUUUCCUUUUCUGCGUCACUCUAUCACAGACGUACGAAAGGCAGUACUGCGGUCGCUCAAUACCUUUUUACGGCUCGAAGACCGCCAUGAGUGGGUUGACGACAGGGUGUUUCGUCUGAUACUCCAAAAUAUCUUGCUCGAGCAAAAUGAGGCGGUCUCUUUACUGUCACAAGAACUAUGGGACGCGCUUUUGGAAACUAGCAACCCCAAAGUAGCUGAAGUUAUGCUCCCAACUAUUUGGCCUGCCGCAUCUGAUCUUCUUCUCACUCCAAUUGGUACUGCCCGUCGAUCCUACAAGAUGAGCCUAGCACAUAUGAUCAACCCUUGGGGUGGUGCUUUCGAACUGGCCAAGGAUUCGGCCUCUCAAGUAAACAUCGAUGGGCCUAUCAUUGAGGGUGAUGUCCUCAUUGUUAGUGUGGAUAUCGUGUUAAGGAACCGUAUUGCUGCUGCACGAGCACUAGGUCGUCUGCUUGUUUUAUCUGCUAUGCAUGUUGAUGGGCCGGCGCCAGGCGCAGUCAUUGGGUGCGUUUCCGAUCUUGUUGCUAUGUUAACGUCUCAAAUGUCAAGUCAGCGUCUGAUCGCCGUUAUAUGCUUGGAAGAGUACGCUCUCGCUGCCAAAGAUUCAGGGUUUGCUCAAGCAGUCACUACAAGGUGGAAAGAUGAAGGCUGUGCCACCGCUUCCGCCUCAAAUCUGACUACCAUCGUCGAAAGUACCGUUGAACCAACGCUUGCUGGUCUUUUAGCCACCAUUGAAUCUCAGAUGCUUAUUUUCCGCGAUAUCAACCCGGUACUGAGAGCUGUGCGCACCCAGUGUCAAUCGCUCUUCUCCCUAAUGGUCUCCAAUGGGUUACCAGCGAGUGCUGUUCCACAGCUCGCAACGACUAUUGAGGGUGACUCUAAUGCUGGUUCCGAUGCUUUCAGUCUCGUAAUUGGCGAAGAACUGGCUGGUCCUACAUUUGAGAGAUUACGGGCCCAGCUGGCGCCUGAAGUGCAAGUUGUCAUGGCUCAGGCUCUAAAUAAUGGUCGUGCCAACAUUGAGGCAUCGAUUAAUGAAGCCAGAGAGACCCUGGAAGCUCGAAAUAUUGGCAUUAAAGCUGGUGCAGCCGCUGCUUAUUUCGCGCUUGCGCCUAGCCUACCAACCAAGCUGAACCCCAUUAUUCGCAGCCUCAUGGAUAGCGUCAAACUCGAGCAAAAUACCCAGCUACACGCAAGAAGUGCUGAAAGAGUGGCUUCCCUUGUGGUUGCCCUUCAAAGCAAUGGUCGCGGUCCUGCAGGGGCAAAAAUUGUCAAAAACCUUUGUGCUUUCUUAUGCGUGGAUGUCAACGAAGCUCCUGAUUUCACUGUACAUGAAAACGAAACAACUAAGAUCUUAUCACUUCGUAAGGAUGAGCCCCGUAAUGAAGACGCCGUUUCGUCACUAAAGCGGAUCAAGGACAUGGUCCUGGCCCGUACAAAGAGAGAAGGUGCCUUGAUGGCUCUGGAAGGAAUAUGUAAGCUCUAUGGGGACUCUCUGCUGGAAAAUGUCGAAGAGAUCGCUCAACAGUUCACUGGUCUAGAUGAACUGCCUGACGGUCAACCUCUUGUUGACCAUAUGGCCGUAAUUCGCGCGAUCCUUCCAUUCAUAGACAAGAGCUUGGUAAGAACGGUUGAUAUUUGGGAUGCACUGGAACGCAACUUGCGGUCUAAGUAUUCGGUUGUUCGGUUUGUUGCUGCAAAAUGUUUGAGCACCGUUUGCCAGGUUUUACCUGAUAAAGGUAUCACCUUCCUAGUAAAGCGUAUCCUGCCUCAGAUAAAUGAUGCAACGAAUCUAGCUUGUCGGCAAGGUGCCACUGAGGCAGUUUAUCAUCUCAUGGUCACCAUGGGCGAAAAGGUCCUACCGUAUAUUGUCUUCUUUAUUGUACCCGCCAUGGGACGCAUGAGUGAUUCUGACCUUGAUGUUCGAACGAUAGCAGCAACCACAUUUGCCGCGAUCAUCAAACUGGUCCCGCUUGAACAAGGUAUUCCUGAUCCUGAAGACAUGCCACAAGAGUUGCUGGAAGGCCGUGACAAGGAAAGAGAAUUCAUUUCCCAGAUGAUGGAUAUCAGUAAAGUCAAACCCUUCAAUCUUCCUGUCAGCAUCAAGGCAGAGCUCAGAUCCUACCAACAAGAAGGUGUCAACUGGCUUGCAUUCCUUAACCGUUAUCAUUUGCAAGGUAUACUUUGCGACGAUAUGGGCUUAGGCAAAACGUUGCAAACCAUCUGCAUGGUCGCAUCGGACCAUCAUUUGCGUGCUGAGGACUUUGCUAAGACACAGAGCCCAGAAUCCAGACGCCUACCUUCUCUCAUUGUUUGCCCUACGUCGCUGAGUGGGCAUUGGAUAAAUGAGUUCAAAAAGUAUGCACCCAUGAUUAAGACAUUGUCUUACACAGGGCCUCCUCACAACCGUUGUCACUUGAGAACCUGUAAUGAUUCCUCGAAAGUCAAAAAGGCAAUCAAUGAUGCAGAUGUUGUUAUUACAUCUUACGAUAUUGCUCGCAACGAUGUUGAAACACUGAGUGUUCUGCCUUGGAAUUAUAUGGUUUUGGAUGAAGGUCACAUCAUCCGCAAUGCCACGUCAAAACUUUCCCGCGCCAUCAAAAGGUAUCAUUCAAAUCAUAGACUGAUUCUAAGUGGCACCCCCAUCCAAAACAACGUGUUAGAGCUCUGGUCACUGUUUGAUUUUUUGAUGCCAGGUUUCUUAGGCUCAGAGAAAUCCUUCAACGAGAGAUUCUCCAAACCAAUUAUUGCGUCUCGUAAUCCAAAAGCAUCACCAAAGGACCAGGAGGGUGCCGCGCUGGCAUUGGAAGCACUGCAUAAACAAGUUCUUCCUUUCCUUCUGCGUCGUCUUAAAGAAGAUGUUCUCGAAGACUUGCCUCCGAAGAUCAUUCAAGACUACUACUGUGAUCUCAAUGAGACACAGCGCAAACUGUACGAUAACUUCGCUCAGGAACAGAAAAAGACUGUACAGGACGAUCUCAGCGACAACGACAAGCAAGGCAGAAAACAUGUCUUCCAGGCCCUUAUCUAUAUGCGCAAGUUGUGCAAUCAUCCUGCGUUCGUGCAACAUCCCAAAGCGGAACUCGACAAGAUGCUUCAUUCCGGUUCUUUGAGUUUGCAGCUGUCGCCUAAGUUGUUGGCUCUGCAGCAAUUACUGAAGGACUGCAACAUUACAGGAGAUCCCACAGCUCUCGACGGUGCGAACUUGCCUGAGCCUGUUCCAGAAGCAAUGGGCCAACACAGAGCUCUUAUUUUCUGCCAACAAAAGGAUAUGCUUGACUUGGUGGAGAACUCAUUGCUCAAGAAACAUAUGCCAGGCGUCACAUACUUACGACUUGACGGGUCGGUUUCAGGACCGAACCGCCAUGAGCUUGUCGAGAAGUUUAAUGACGACCCAAGCAUUGAUUUGUUACUUCUUACCACGCAGGUUGGUGGUCUUGGCUUGAAUCUGACGGGUGCCGACACGGUUAUUUUCAUGGAACAUGACUGGAACCCAAUGAAUGACCUUCAGGCUAUGGAUCGGGCUCAUCGUAUUGGACAAAAGAGAGUUGUUAAUGUUUACCGUCUUAUCACACGAGGCACUCUUGAAGAACGCAUAAUGGGCCUGCAAGAGUUCAAACUGAGCAUUGCCUCGACGGUUAUUAACCAACAGAACAGUGGUCUCAACACUAUGGGAACCGACCAGAUCUUAGAGCUAUUUAAUGCUGAUCUGCCCACCGAUGGAGCAGUAGAGGAAAAGCCUAAGGAGGAGGCACUGGAUGCCACUGGCAAGAUCUCAAAGAAUGAUGUUACAGCUGGUCUGCAAGAGCUCUGGGAUGAGGCAGAAUACGCUGAGGAGUAUAACUUGGAUGCAUUUAUCACAUCUUUGAAAAAGUAG